AUGACAACAGUUCACUCGGUGCCUGGUACCAGAGAGCUCGAAAUGCGAAUCCUUGCUGGAUCACUCCUUUCAGAGCUGCUGAGAUGCGAAUUUGGGAAUUUAACGACUCUUGGCAAACACGAUUGCGACUCCUCGAUUUCUAUUCGACCUCAUUCAGAUUCUUCAAUUUCUGAAAUGGUGCUUUGCAAGAAUCGCAACGCUCCAGGAGAUGACACUGACAGCAGGUCAAGCAUCUUCGAUUCCAAAGCUGGAAUAGCUUUGAAUGACAACUUUGUGAAAUUUGUGUCUUGCUCACGUGUUAUUGACCUGAUUCACCACAUGCAUGAUACAUCUCUCCAGGCCUAAACUUUUUGAUGGAUGAAGUCAAUCAUCGUGUCCCGGUGGUUUUAUUUUGGUCGUGUUUUUCUGUCUGACUUUGGAAUAGCUUAGCUUUGAAUAACUUUUAUUUAAUUUUAGGGAUAAUGACUUGUAAGGGUAACCAACUAUAUGUUUUGUUCAUAUUUAGUCACUAAACUUAUUUUUGUGUUCGGU